AUGUCCAAGCCAAAAACAUAUGCUGAACUGUGUACAAAAAACUUCAUUUCAGUACUUGAAGAUUUGAUUCCCUUUUAUUGUAAGCUCUUGGAUCCAACCAACCUUACAAAUCUUUUCCCUGUCACCAAGUUCCUUGGAUUGUUAGCUACUGGAACUACAGCUGAUGCAAAGACAUUGGUUCCACAGGCAAGAAAUGAAGCAGCUGAGUUUCGUUGUAAAUAUGGCUAUGAGAUGGCUGUUUAUGUAUUAGCAAGAUGGAUUGCUGACAAAUCACAAGUUUAUACUCAACAUGCUUACAUGAGACCACUUGGAGUAGUGGCUAUGGUGUUGGGUAUUGAUGAUGAGAAUGGGUCUAAACUCUUCAAAUGUGAUCCAACAGACUGCAAUUUCUGCUUUGCAAUGAUGCAAUCUGUUCUACAAGAAGACUUCAAGGCCAAUGAGAUUGAGGUUGGAAUUGUGAGAAAAGAGAAAGCAAACGAUAGUGUCGAGAUUUUGUGA